AUGAGCGGCGCGGGCGAGAACCGCUGGCGGCGACCAGGACAGGGGAACAACCAAAACCGCAACUCAGGCGCUAACACUCCCACCAAGGAAGCCGGACGACAGCAGGCGCCCUCGACGACCACUGGCAAUGCUUGGGGAGGUAAAGGCAAAACUGCAGGCCCGGCACCGGCUCCAGCAGCGCAGACCAAUGCCCCUGCGGUACACCAUGUUCCAGUCCGCGACUUCAACAGCAACGAAGUUCGGGAUUUCUUGAAGAAGAGUACGUCAACCACAAUUUUAAUACAUGGAAAGAUUCUGGGACCGUAUGUCCUGGAAGCUUGCGCGCUCCCACUACUGAAGAGCCAUGCUGAUCACAUCACAGAGUACAUCGAGAACACUGCUGGUACCGUGCACCAAACUCGCAAGAAGGAUACAGAGACUAACAAUGUUCUUGCAGACAAGCCAUCGGUCCACCACAAGGUUCAGGGCGACUCGGUAGCGAAGAGGGCCAGUGGCGCAUGGGGCUCACGAGGCAACAUGUCCCACCUUAUGCCCGGCGGCCAGGACUUUUUCGCGCUGUUGAGGAAGCAGCUUUCUGCUGUGGACCAAAGCAAGCCUGUUCAGUAA